UCACGGUAGCACGCCGACAAACUGAAAAGUCUUCUCACACAUGUCGUGACAACAGCAGUGUGCCCAGAAGGUUAAAGAGGCAGUAUUUUGAGUCUUGAGAUACGAUAAGUAAUUAAGAUGUCGGACGUGUCAAAGAAACCUCCACCUGCGAACUGGAUCCUUCAGCAUCCAACGUAUCAGCAAAUGAAGAAUCUGGAGAUUGGAGACAGUGCACAGGUACAUGCAGCUUUCCUUGUGUACAUGGAUCUUGCUGAGGUGCGUCGGUGGAAAGAAGUGUCAUGUGUCAAGAAUCCUGAGCUGCAGGUGGUUUUGCUGGAAGGGAGGGAGAAGGAAGGAGAACCCAUCCAGACAAUUCUUCCGUUGCCUGCUCACAGAUCUCUGAGCCACAAAAGCAUACGUCAUGUGCUGGACAGAGGCUUUCCCAUGCUGUUGUGUGCUGUAGCUUCUGACUCCACCCUGGUCUACCAGAGGAUGACGGAUGGGUUGGUGACACCUGACCCUCCUGUAGGCCCCUUCCAGGAUGUGGGACGCCGGCAGCACCGGAAGAGACGGCAGCAGCGCUGAGCAGCUGUAGUGAGAGGACACCUUGGUGGUAUUGGGGAACCAUAGAGGAGCAGAAUGGGACAGGAUGUCAGCCGGUCGGUCGGUCUGUCUUUGUAAGCUGCUCCUUAAAAAAAAAGUCAAAGGUGAACUGACAUCAUGGCAAUGGGUGCAAAUACUCUGAACCACAGUGCCCUUCUAGUUGCUGUGAGGCCAAGCCUAUGAUCCCCUCUCAGUAAGAAACAACUGGUAACAUCAUAACAGUGAAGUCAACUUCAGUUUUGGCUUGUAACUCCUUAAAACCUUUGCCUCAUUGUCACCAGGUGAGUGAGUGAAAGCGUGAGUGUUAAUUGAAUAAUUUGCACAUGAGGUGAAGAGUUAAAAUUGUAAGAGUUAAGAUUAUACAGUAAUUAACAAGAAAAAGAGAUAGUUUUGUGCAUAAAUGCAUAAUUGAUUUCCUGUUUUCCUCACUUCUAAUCGUCUUGAACCUGUUUACCUCUUACUUUAGUUUUACCACACACAAAUUAAUAGACCAACAUGUAAGGCUGGGAUGAUACAGAGACUAAUUAACUAUGUACUGAGGGGAACAUUUUACAGUUGAAAAAUAAACUUAUCACUGCUCUCUGGUGAACAAACUGUGA